AUGAUGGGAAUGCGCUACACCAUUUUUGUUUUGGUAUUAGCACUCUGCUUUGCCUGCAGUAUUGUGUGUGCUGAGAGUUCUGGGAUUGGUGAAGGUCCUCCAAAGGAUAAAGCUGAGGAGGAAACUCCUGGUCCUGGUGGUCCUUGCACCCAAGGUGACUCAUCUUGUCGUCGUCCUUCUCCUCCUAAAGCUGCUCCUCCUCCACCUCCUGCUCCUCUUUCUCCUGAUCCAUCACCCGGUCUUUCUCCUGUUCAUCCUUCUACCCCAGUCGAACCAGGACUUGCUGAAGAUAGAGUUUCUACUGAAUCUAGUUCUCUUGCUCUAGGCAAUCCUGGUCAGGCGGCAGGGACGUUAAGAGAGCGGGAAGCAGAAAAUGGAUUGCAUGACGGUCAAGAUGAAAAACGAGUUGUCGGCCAUACGAAAGAAGGUCUCGUCGCAACAGAGCAGAAAGAUAAUUCACAAGAAGAGAGUGAGGAACAAAAUAAAGAAUUGAAGGAUGCUCACAAACAGGAACAGGGUCCUUCCAUUGGCGAUAGACCAAGUGUUGAGGAACCUGUUUCCCAAACUGAUGCAAGGGGUACUACACAAUCAACAGGGACAUCAACUGAUGGUUCGCAUUCAGAAGAACCUCCUGCUCCCCCAGAGCAAAAGAAUACAGGUGAAGCUUCUUCUGGCAGUUCAUCUGCGGAGAAUGCUGUGAGUUCAGAUGCUGCAACGGAUGUAAGUAACGUUGCCACUUCAUCUGAAGAGAGUGAAUCAACAAGGAACCAAAAUGAAGAAGGCGCGAGAGGUGCAGAGUCAACCACCACCACCACCACCACAACAACAACAACAACAACACUUCCUCCUGAACCUGCAAACAACAAGAAGGGUGAUGCAGACAGCAGCAGCAGUAUCAGCAGUUCUGUGUGGGUGCGUGUGCCACUACUGAUUGUGGUUACACUGGCCUGUAUUCUUGUGUGCUGA